GGGGCCGCCGGGGCCGCGCGCCCCUGCGGACGCCUGGGCACAGAUGUCCCUUUUUAACCUUGUGAAGAGUGUAAGAUCCGCCUUUUCAAAUGUGUACGGUAUAUCCCGGUCUCAUCACAUGACCUCGGCAGUGAGCUGUCAUAGUGAAACACAGAGCAGUGAGAAGUACACCGAUCCUUUUAAACUCGGCUGGAGAGACCUGAAGGGUCUGUACGAGGACAUUAGGAAGGAACUGCUCAUAUCUACAACAGAAUUAAAGGAAAUGUCUGAGUACUAUUUUGAUGGGAAAGGAAAAGCCUUUCGACCAAUUAUUGUGGUGCUAAUGGCCCGAGCGUGUAACAGCCAUCAUAACAACUCCCGAGAUAUGCAAGCCAGCCAGCGCACCAUAGCCUUAAUUGCAGAAAUGAUCCACACUGCUAGUCUGGUUCACGAUGACGUUAUUGACGAUGCAAGCUCUCGAAGAGGAAAACACACAGUUAAUAAGAUCUGGGGUGAAAAGAAGGCUGUUCUUGCUGGAGAUUUAAUUCUUUCCGCAGCAUCUAUAGCUAUGGCACGGACUGGAAAUGCAACAGUCAUAUCUAUUUUAACCCAAGUUAUUGAAGAUUUGGUGCGUGGAGAAUUUCUUCAACUAGGGUCAAAGGAAAAUGAGAAUGAAAGAUUUGCACACUACCUUGAAAAGUCCUUCAAGAAGACUGCAAGUCUGAUAGCCAACAGUUGUAAAGCAGUCUCUGUCCUGGGAUGCCCUGACCCAGAGGUGCAUGAGAUUGCCUAUCAAUACGGGAAAAAUCUGGGGAUAGCUUUUCAGCUAAUAGACGAUGUACUGGACUUCACCUCAUGUUCUGUCCAGAUGGGCAAACCAACGUCAACUGACCUGAAGCUCGGGUUAGCCACUGGCCCUGUCUUAUUUGCUUGUCAGCAGUUCCCAGAAAUGAACGCUAUGAUAAUGAGACGGUUCAGUUUGCCUGGAGAUGUGGACAAAGCGCGACAGUACGUACUACAGAGUGAUGGUGUGCAACAGACAACCUACCUCGCCCAGCGGUACUGCCAUGAAGCAGUAAGAGAGAUCAGUAAACUUCGGCCAUCCCCAGAGAGAGAUGCCCUCAUUCAAAUUUCAGAACGUGUACUCACAAGAGAUAAAUGACAACUCUUCCUAUUCUUUCUGGCAGCUAUUUUACCAGACUGUGCCUAAAGAAUUUUGUGGAAUAUACUUCAUUUGCUUCAUGUGCAGAUAACCAAAAAUCAUUUAAAAAAAUAAUUUCAAUUUUAUUGAUGGGCAGUUUUUUUUACUGGCAGCAUUUUUUCAGAAGACUUUUUAAAUAUAAUUAAACCAUCUGAAUCUGUUGUUUUCAUCCUGUAAAUUCAAAUCGAGGAAACUUGAUGGUUAUAUGUGGUAUUGUUUACACUGUUAAUAUCCACAUGGAAAGCCAUUAUACAAAUAAAUAAUCAAUGUUAAAAUUCAAACAGUUUGUCUUACUUCAUCAUAAGAGUAAAGGUCAAAAAAUUGUGAAGUGUGCAUUCAAGUCCACAUUAGUUAUAUUUUAACAGUAUCCAAAAUUUCAUGAGAAUGGUUUAUUAUAAAAGACUGUACAUAAAAUUUAGGCAACAGGUUAUAUACAAAUUAAGAGAACAUUUCAUCUGAAAAAUGAAAAGUAGAAGGUAACUAUCUGAUCACUAAUGAUACCUUGUUUAAAAUGAACAAAUGCAAAAUCUAUAUGAGACAAUUACAUUGAUUUGGUAGCAAUAAUGGUCUUUAAUUUUAGAAAUAAAUGUUUUGCACUAGUCUUACCAUUUACUAUUCUGUGAUAAGUCUGUAACGCCCAGUACAUGACGGUAAUUUGAAAUCCAAAAGAUCCUCAAUACACAGAAACCCACACUGAGUGCUCUACUUUAAUAUCCUAAGCAAUACAGAAUUAUACACAAGAUAAAAAGAAAACGUCCCGCUAACCCUCCCUUAAAUUAAGAGAAGACACACAAAGUGCAUGUG